AUGCACAGCUACAAAUGUCCUCCGAAAUGGAGGCUCUGGCACCCCAACCAGGGAGUCGUCUUCCAGCAGCCACUCUACCCUGUCCUCGAUGUCGCUCGAUUCUUCACGGAGGCUUCUGCGGUGGAAGAUAUGGGGGCUGGUUCGAGGGGUCUUGGCGAAGAGAUGGCUGCAGGCCGCUUCAAGAAUAUCGGGAAUCACAACUCAGAUCCGAGCGACAGCCUCGCGGGGCCCAAGAUUUCCCAAGAGCCGCUUGCUGACACACCACCUGCGGAGGCGGAGCAGGAAUCCCCAGCCAGACCCACGGAAACAUCUGAGCCUGGAUCGAAGAAAGAGGAGCCACAGCCUGCAACUGCAGACCGGCCACCAAGCGGCCCCCCCUUCACACCGCUCGAUUACAAGAUUCCAGAGGAGAGCUUCAACGCUGCCGUGAAAGCGGUCGAGGGCACACCCGAGUCCUUUUGGUCGUACGCCAUGUACCGGGGGCCUGGCGGCGAUGAGGGUGGCAGGGAGGCCGAGAAGAAAGUUACGGUGCACUACUGCAUAUCUGCCCACACUGCAGAACGAGUGUUGCAACAAUACUUUCUGAAUGAGACUGUCCUUGGCUUCGACCUGGAGUGGUCAAUUGAGGGCUACAAAACCGAUUCGCCUCAGAAGAACGUCUCCCUGGUCCAGCUGGCCAGCCAAUCCAGAGUGGCGCUACUUCAGGUUGCCUUGUUUUCCAGCAAGGGCCAACUGGUCCCUCCGACUCUGAAACGGAUCAUGGAGGACUCGGGGAUCACCAAGACCGGGGUUUGGAUCAAAGGCGACUGCACGAGGCUCCGAAAGUACUUGGGCAUUGAAUCUCGAGGGGUCUUUGAAUUGAGCCACUUGUUUCGUCAGGUCAAGUAUACGAGGAAUGGGAGGCACGACCUAAUCAACAAGAGACUCGUGUCGCUGGCCGAUCAAGUCAAGGAGACAAUGCACUUGCCAAUGUUCAAAGGGCAGGAUGUAAGGUCAAGCGAUUGGUCGAAGGCAUUGCGCAUGGACCAGAUUGUGUACUCGGCGUCAGAUGCGUAUGCAGCGGUCCAUCUUUAUGCCAUGCUGAACCACCAACGCGAGAAGCUCGACCCGAUGCCGCCUCUGCCCUUCCAUGUAGAGCUUAAUCAGCCAAUCCCUCUGGCGCCUGGGCUGGAAAGCUCGAGCUCCGACGAAACUGACAAUGCCGAAGACGAGGACGAGGAAUUGAGAGAGGCCGGAUAUGGAGUAUCUACGUUGACUGCAGAGCAGCUCAAGGCACUUGUUGAAACCGUUCAAAUAGAGGCCGGCGAAGGGGACUCCAACGACAGCAAAGCCAUAACAGAGGCAACAAAAGCAGCAAAACCCAAGUCCAGAUCCACAGCAUCAGCAAAACAGCCAACGCCGCAGAAAGACCCCAAAAUCAUCGCCGCAGAGACCUGGCUCUUGGAGUAUAGGGCCACACGGCCAGAUGGGAAGACCAAAGCCGGUCCCGCCGCUCUCAGGGCAUACUUUAUCUGGCAUGCAAACGACGACUUGAGCGUCGAUAGUAUCGCGCAGCUGCUGAGGGACCCUCCUCUACAGCUGCUCACCGUCUGCAAUUAUAUUCUUGGGGCGAUUAAAGCAGAGAGACUGGCGUACGACAGGGUGCGGCUAAGGCAGGUGCUCGAUCUCUAUCCUCAGGACGUGGCUCAGAGGAGGUUCGCAACGUUGGUCAAGGCCACGGCGAAUGUGUCUGUGCCGUUGUCCGACUGA